CGACAAAGGAGGAUAUACGGAGUAAGCGGAGGAAAUCCGUCGGGGUGUUGCGGCGACACGGAUUUGGCCGGCCGAAUUCCGGUCCAGGUGGGCCGGUGUUCGGCUUCUAAGUUACAUAUAAGCAGCUUGUAAGUGAAGCGGUGUAUGUGAACCCUUUUCGCACGACGUGUAGCGAAAGUACAUGCCUUCACUAAAUUUGGACUUCACAGCCCACUCAGCUCCGAAAAUCAUCAACUAGAAUGCCACAGAAGACCGUUCUAAUCACCGGCUGCAGUGCCGGUGGACUGGGCUCACACCUUGCCGAAGCUUUCCACGCCAGAGGGUUCCAUGUCUUUGCCACACUUCGAAACACAGCUAAGGCUGGAGCACUGGCUAGGAUGGACGGAAUAGACAUCCUAGAACUCGAAGUCACGUCGGCCGAAUCGAUUCAAUCGUGCGUGAAAGCUGUCGAGAAGAUCACAGGCGGGCUCCUGGAUGUUCUCGUCAACAACGCAGGCGCCGACCACACCCUGCCGCUCCUAGACACGCCAAUCGACGAGGCCAAAGCACUAUACGACCUGAACGUCUGGGCUCCGUUGGCCAUGAUGCAAGCCUUUGCUCCCAUGGUCAUCAAGGCCCAAGGGGCUAUUUGCAAUAUCUCUUCGGUGUCUGCCGUCUGCAACUUUGCCUGGGCUGGCACGUAUGCGAGCUCUAAGGCAGCUGUCACGGUGCUCUCCGAAACCAUGCGCCUCGAGCUGCAGCCCUUCGGGGUGCGGGUCGUCACGGUCAUGCUCGGAGGCUGCGCCACCAACGUCCAUGCCGGCAUGCCAGAUCUCGUACUGCCCCCUGACUCUCGAUACCACAAGAUCUGGGAGACCAUCGAUCGUCAGAAGAAGGGUCUGAUAUACCACAACAGACAGGAUCCUCGUGUGGCGGCGAAGAGCAUAGUCGCCGACAUUGUCGGCGGCCGCCGCAGUUAUGUCUGGCGCGGUACCGCGUCGACUCUUUGUUGGUUCAGCACAACCUUCCUGCCGAAUAGCGUGUUUGUGGAUAUGGCAAACAAAGACAAAGGUCUCGACGUACUAGCUCGGGAGAAUAAAUAG